AUGGAUAUCGACAUCAUUGUCAAAUCAGGUUUCUUCAUAUGCGAUCUUCAUAGAAAUAUUGCUAAACUUCAUUCGGAGCAAUGCAGUGAACAGCGAUUUUCACAAGAAUUUAUGGUUUAUCGAGGUCAAGGCUUGUCUGAAACGGACUUUGAUCGUUUGUUGAAAGCAAGAGAUGGCUUGAUGUCGUUUAACAACUUUUUAUCCACUCAACCGAAUAGAAAAAUGUCUCUUCAAUUUGCUGAACAUGCCUCAAUGAAUCCAAAUAUGGUCGCUGUUCUAUUUAUAAUGCGUAUUGAUCCCUUAGUAUCUAUAACCCCAUUCGCUGACAUUAUAAGCGUGGGCUUCCCGGAUGAGGAAGAAAUUCUGUUCUCGACAAAUGCUACAUUUCGAAUCCAAGGCUGCAAGCAAACCAGUAAGAUUGGAGGACGUUUAUGGGAAGUGAAUCUGUCACUUACAGAUGCCGCUGAUCCUGAUCUCCGUCAAUUAGCAGAAUCGGUAAGGCAGGAAACGUUCCCCGACAAAGAUCCCUGGUAUCGAUUGGGUGAACUAUUGAUUAAAAUGAACGGGCUCGAUACAGCACAAGAUAUAUACGAAUCACUACUUGAUAAUAGUUGUGAACCAGCAAGUAUUUAUCGGCAGCUUUCUCGCAUCAAAGACCAGCAAGCCGAGUAUGCACAAGCAGUCAAAUUCUGUGAAAAAGGAAUUCAGGUUGUAGAAAAAACUCGCAAGCCCAAUCAUUCCGAUCAAGCUCUAUUUUACAAUGAACUUGGUAUCCUGAACAAAAAAAUGGGAGCAUACUCCGAUGCACUUGCGUUUCAUGAAAAAGCACUUCACAUUGUCCAAGAAACCUGCCCACCGAGCCAUCCGGAUUUGUCAACGACGUACAAUCAUAUUGGUUCCGUAUAUGAAAAGAUGGCAGCGUACUCGAAAGCUCUAUCUUCUCAUACGAAAGCGCUACAACUUCAAGAAAAGUAUCUUUCUUCAAAUGACCGUUCCUUUUCUACUACUUACGGAUAUAUUGGUUCUGUUUAUGAAAAGAUGGGUGAAUAUUCCAAAGCACUCGAAUAUCAAGAACGAGCGCUUUUAGUUCAACAAACAAGUCUCCCAUCAAAACAUCCUAGUUUGGCUACUUCUUGGAGCAAUAUUGGCUCUGUUUGUGAGAAGAUGGGCGAGUAUCCCAAAGCACUCGAAUAUCAUGAACGAGCACUUACAAUUCAACAAAAAGGUCUUCUUCCAAAUCAUCCUGAUAUAGCUGCUAGUUAUAAUAACAUCGGUUCAGUCUAUGAGGGUAUGAAGGAGUAUUCGAAGGCUCUUUCAUUUCAAGAAAGAGCGCGUGAACUUCAAGAACAAAGCCUGCCAUCGAAUCAUCCCAAUCUGGCUAUUACUUUCAAUAAUCUUGGUUCAGUGCAUGAGAAACUCGGCCAAUGCAUGAAAGCACUUUCAUUCCAAGCUAAAGCGUUUAAAAUUCUUCAAGCAACUCUACCAGCCAACCAUCCUGACUUGGCCAAUUCAUAUAACCUUCUAGGAAAGGCAUUGAACACAACUGGUGAGUAUCCGAAAGCAAUUUCUGCCCAUGAAAAAGCAGUGGACAUUCAGAAGAAAAGUCUUCCGGAAAAUCAUCCUAGUUUAGCUGUUUCCUAUCACAAUAUGGGACGAGUUUACACAAACAUGAAUAAUUAUUCCAAAGCAUUAUCAUUUUAUGAACGUGCACUCGACGUUGGACAACAUUCAUUACCUGAAAACCAUCCUUCUCUUAAAAUGUAUCAAGAAGAUAUUAAAGAUUUGAAAAAGAAGAUGUAA